CUCGUCUCUUUUGAAACCAACGCGGCACGCAGCUCCCUUGACCUGCUGCAUCCUCCUCGACCUUUUCAGUCAAAGAACUUGGAUUUCCUGAUAUUGUUGCACUGGACGCAAGUGCAGGGGCCCUCUCCCUCUCGCCGCUGCCGGGUGAGAGCGGCGGCAGGGGCGGAGGUGUUGGCUGAGUUAGAGGUCUCAGCAACGUGCCCGAGGCCCAGCAGGCAUCCCUAGAAGUGCUUCCCCUGGGCAGCUGGAAGCUUCUCAUCUUACAGGUGAAGCUGAAACUUCCCCUGGACUUAUGACCCGUGGCUUCGCUCCCAGCUUGCCUGUCGAGUUCCACAAGAUGGGCUCCUUCCGCAGGCCCAGACCACGCUUCAUGAGCUCCCCGGUGCUCAGCGACCUGCCUCGAUUCCAGGCCACCCGGCAAGCUUUGCAGCUGAGCUCCAACUCAGCUUGGAACAGUGUCCAGACUGCAGUGAUCAAUGUUUUCAAAGGGGGCGGUUUGCAAAGCAACGAGCUCUAUGCACUGAAUGAAAGCAUCAGGCGGCUGCUGAGGAGUGAACUCGGAUCCUUCAUUACUGACUACUUCCAGAACCAGCUUCUUGCAAAAGGACUAUUGUUUGUGGAGGAGAAGAUUAAGCUGUGUGAAGGUGAAAAUCGCAUUGAGGUUCUGGCUGAAGUCUGGGACCACUUCUUCACUGAGACUCUCCCCACCCUGCAGGCAAUAUUUUAUCCAGUUCAGGGCCAGGAGCUGACCAUCCGCCAGAUCUCCCUGCUGGGUUUCCGAGAUCUGGUUCUGUUGAAGGUGAAGCUGGGUGACCUGCUGCUGCUGGCCCAGUCCAAGCUGCCCUCAUCCAUUGUACAGAUGCUGCUCAUCCUGCAGAGUGUUCAUGAGCCUACAGGCCCCAGCGAGGGUUAUCUGCAACUGGAAGAGCUGGUGAAGCAAGUGGUUUCUCCCUUCCUCGGCAUCAGCGGGGACCAAGGCUUCUCAGGCCCCACGUACUCGCUGGCCAGGCGGCACUCCAGGGUCCGGCCCAAGGUGACUCUCCUGAAUUAUGCCUCACCAAUGACCACAGGCAACAGGCCGCUGAAUGAGAUGGCCUUGACCCCAUUGACAGAGCAGGAAGGUGAGGCGUACCUGGAGAAGUGUGGCAGUGUCCGGCGGCACACAGUGGCCAAUGCCCACUCAGACAUCCAGCUGCUGGCCAUGGCUACCAUGAUGCACUCGGGCUUAGGGGAGGAGGCUGGCAGUGAGGACAAGUGCCUGCUACUGCCACCCAGCUUCCCCCCACCCCACCGGCAAUGCUCCAGCGAGCCCAACAUCACUGACAGCCCUGACAGCCUGCAGGAGGUAGCAGGAGACAGCCAAGAGGAUUCGGAGCUGAACUGUGCUUCCCUCAGCUAAGUCACCACCUCCAGGAUUUCCAGCAGCUCCUGCUUUACAACCUGGAUGAUAACCAUCCUGUGGACCACCAAGAGUCUCUACCGUGGGCCUUGCUGCCUUGUUUCCCUUAAGGUCCAGGCCUGACCUAGGUGCCAGAGGGGUAAACAUUGGUCAGACCUCUUCAGGUGGCUCACUGUGACCAGCUCUUGAAGAGACACACAGACAAAGCUGCCUGCUGUUCGCUUUCAGCCUGGCCUUCCUGGCCUUCCUGAUCCAGAUGCUCAUCUUUGGGCCUUUCAGACAUUGAGCUGCCUGAGGUGCCCAAGCCUGUAUCCCACUGCUCCUGGCCUCACUGGAACCACACAGCAAAGCCUCAGGAAUGUGCUGGCCAUUGUCUGUUCCCUGUAGAUUCCUUGCAAUGCAGAGGCUGAAGGCAGAGAGAGGAAAUAGAGUGGCACCUGCAGCCCCAGCUUGUGCGUGGGUGAAAGCGAGCCCUACCAAGCAAGCGCCAGAGCUCCUGGGAAGGAGCUAGCCCGCUGGUGCCUGAGAGUCUGUCCUCACCUCCAUUCAGAUCCUGUGUGCUGCUCACACAAAGGCCUUGGCUUGCAUCCCAGGAGGGCCCCAAGGCUGCAGCCUGUCUUUCAGAAAGCCUCAGCAUUUUGUCUCUCUCAGGCUUCCUCCCAAGCCCCAGGGAUUCACCCCUCUGCAGGGUGUAGCUGCUUCCUUCACCCCUCUCUCAUUUCAGAAAUGUAUCCAUUUUCCCAUUGUGGGUGUUGAGGGACUAGGCACCAACCGAAGAGUCUGUUUACCUGGAUUUGACUUGAAUUUCUAAAAUGCAUGUUAUUUCACCAAAUUGUUGGCAGAUCUUUGCUUGGUUCCUUUCCAAGAUGGGUGUGUCUUCAAACUAAGGAGCAAGCAGCAAUCCCCUUCCCCUAGAAGGGAGACCGGAAGUGGUUCUGGACAAAAUGACCCAUGGUGGACAGGACUCCUAUGCCACCUGGUUCUGGAAGCAGCUGCACUCAAAUCCAGAACGGCCUGUAUCUGAGAGUGGAAAAGCUGUAUGGGGAGGGGAGACUCAGUUUGCCUGAAGAGCAGAGAAUCGUAGUAAAUGGAAUGUGUCUGUGUUUACAGUUUCUGUGUAUUCCCUGGGAUAAAGGACCUCCCUGAAGUGUCUGCAGUUUCUAACAUGUGAAGUCUCAAGAUGCCAUUUGGGACAGCAGGUGUUGGUCCUGCCCUGUGUCCUUAACGUUGAUCCCCCGGUCUGUGAGUUUUUUAAUUCACCUUGAAUUCUUGUUCUCCUUGUAUCUGUUUACUGGCUUCCUUUGAUAACAGGAUGCUCCUUCACCCAAAGAUUUGGACUUUGUGUGGUGAAAU